AUGGAGAAGUCGGAACAGGUUUGGUGGCCUGAGGCAGUCCCGCAGGUCACGUUUGCAUAUCAGAUCUCUCUUCCCCUCCAUUUUUCUACUUCUACACUUCGAGUCUCUCUUUUUCUUCUGUUUCGCAUCAUGGAGUGGGAUCCUAGUGUGUUCUUCACUGCUUCUGGGAGUUCUUCUCCCUAUGCCCUGUUGAUUCUUCAUCAGCCAAUCAAUCAGAAAGCAUACGAUGCCCUGAGCAGACAUGCAUCUUAUAUUAUGUGCGCUGAUGGAGGUGCCAAUCGACUUUAUGAUAUGACGGAGGCCCUGGGAACAGAAUCUAAGAGCUUAACUCAUUCUCGUCAGCUCCCGGAUGCCAUCAUGGGCGACUUGGAUUCUCUCCGUCCAUCAGUGAGAGAACAUUAUCACAAACUUGGCGUGACUAUCAUCGAAGAUUCAGAUCAGUAUUCGACAGACUUCACCAAGUGUUUGAAAUAUCUCAAUGCGCAUGCCGCAGAGAUAAUCUCUUCACCUCGACAAGGGGGCAGUCUAGCAAAAUUAGACAGCACAAAGGCUCCUAAGAGUGACCAAACCCCAAGCCCUCCAUCAGAGAAAUCACUUUUACAAAUUGUGAUUCUAGGAGGUCUCGGCGGCCGCGUGGAUCAAGCAUUCUCCCAAGUCCACCAUCUGUACAUGAUGACGCAAACCCAGCGCGAAAUUCGCAGGACUCAAAACAGCUCCCCCAGUCUCGACAAUAGGCCAGCCGCAGGUGGAAGGCUGUAUCUGGUAUCUGAGGAGAGCAUCACUUUCAUUCUGGACGAAGGCAAAAACACAAUUCACACACCGCGCACCAAUCGAGCAGACCUCAUGAGACAGUCAGUACCCGAGACAGACGGCUCACCGUCAAGCAAGAAACGCAAAUUGGACGAAUCAGAAUCCGAGUACCUGUUUGAAGAAAAUAUUGGGAUUAUUCCCAUAACGGCACCUGCCGUGAUAUCGACGCGUGGGUUUGAAUGGGAUGUUGAGGAUUGGCAUACUGAGAUUGGGGGACAGGUUUCCACCAGUAACCAUAUUCGUGCUGACAAGGUAGAGGUUGAGACAUCAACCCCGGUUCUGUUCACCUUGGAACUCGCUGAGAGGCUGAAGAGACGAUCCUGA